AUGUACAAGCGUCAAAAUCAAAUCAAGUUGGCACAUGCGAAAACAUUCGACUGGGUCUUCAGGACUCAGGGGACAACUCCAUGGGACGACUUUGUCGAAUGGACUCAUCAAGGAACUUCCCCUUACUGGGUGCUUGGGAAACCGGACUGCGGGAAAAGUACAUUCAUGAAAUUUCCCGCAAGUCAUCCGAAAACCACAUCCCACAUGAAGGCCCGCUACGGUGGCCCAGACGGCGGUAGCGAUCCAUCUGUUUUCGAGCUCAUGGUCGCAACGGACAAGGAAGUCCGUCACAUCUACCUUGAAAAAGGGCUAGACGAUCAGGAACAGAUGGUGCAUGUGCAAUAUGGACCACUGGGAUUCCGAGUCGAUGACUCAGCAGAUGCGACCGACCUUCUCGAUGCUGGCCGUGCACUGGCACCGUGGCUGUACACCGAGAACAUGACUCCGUUCCCCGGCAACAUCUACGCGGCCCACGUCGAGCUGGGGACGAAAGUGAAAGAAAUCCAAGAUCGGAGCAUACAGCAAGACGCAUUUAAGUUCUUGCUAGAUCGAGGUUGGAUAAAAUACCUGGAUGACGACGAGGUGCUUCAUCAGGCACCGCUGAUGCAGUACGCAAACGCACCAACAACUCCAGACCUAUUUCGGGAACCAGAAGAGAACCCCAUCACAUCUGCCAUGGCCGCCUUGACAACUGAAACCCGUCAUCUCGGGGGACAUUGA